ACGUAUGGCAUGCCUAGCACACAUGCGUCUGCUGUCACUUUCUUCGCCACCUACAUUCCGCUUGCAUGCUUUUACCUGCCACCACAUCCUACACUGCCUCCAUCGAUAUUUCAGCCCAAGAUCGUAUCGCUGAUUGUUAUCCCUUGGGCAAGCUUGAUAACGUUAUCUCGUGUCUGGUUGAAGUACCACACGUGGCCUCAGGUAGGAGCGGGUGUGGUAUAUGGCGUGGUGAUGGCUUGCAUAUGGUUCCAGGUGUGGUACGACGAUAUCUGGGGAAUAAGGACGUUAGGAGGUGCUUUGGAAGCACUACUAAGGCUGUCGAUGGCGUGGCUAGUUUAGUAUCGGAUUCAUGACUGGCAAAUUCCUUGGAAUUUCAUCCUGAUAUCCAUUAUUUUAUUGAUUUCCAUACGAUACGUACUAGGAAAUAAAUGAUGCUUGUGAC